UCAUCUGGCACGACAGCAGGCACCGAGUCACCAAGCUCGACAGCGGGCACCGAGUCACCAGGCUCGACAGCAGGCACUGAGUCUUCUGGCACGACAGCGGGCACCGCGUCUUCUGGCAUGACAGCGGGCACUGAGUCAUCUGGCACAACAGUGGGCACGAGUCAUCUGGCACGACAGCGAGCACCGAGUCACCAGGCCGCACCACGGGCACCGAGGCACCAGGCUGGAUCGGUCAUCAGGCUGGAUCGGGCCAUCAGGCUGGGUAGCGGGCACCAGGUUACCAAGCUGGAUAGGAUCAUCAGGCCGGAUCGGGUCAUCAGGCCGGAUCGGGCCAUCAGGCUGGGUAGCGGGCACCAGAUCAUCAAGCUGGACUGGGUCAGGCAUCAGGCAUCAGGCUGAACAACGG